GUUGACAUCAUUGAUUUCAAUGGGAGCUUCCUGGCGCGAGUGCGUGAUCUGGUUGGUGCAAACCCCAUCAUUCUUGUUGUCACCAAGGUCGACCUUCUGCCCGAGGGCACAGAUUUUGCUGCUGUUGCAGACUGGUUGCUUGCAGCAACUAUGAGGAAAAAGUUGAAUGUGGUAAGUAUACACUUAACGAGCGCAAAGAGCGGAGCGGGCAUACGAGGCGUUGCUGCGAACAUCAUGCGAGAGAGACUGGGCCGCGACGUUUAUGUAUUGGGUGCAGCAAAUGUUGGGAAGUCGGCUUUCAUCAGCGCUCUCCUGGAUGAGAUGGCACAACACGAUAUCAUGGCCGCGAAUGCCCGGCGGUUCCGACCUGUACAGUCAGCAAUGCCAGGAACGACAUUGGGGCCGAUUGCGAUCAAGGCAUUCUCGAGCGGAGGGGAUCUGUUUGACACACCUGGUAUUCAUCUUCACCAUAGGAUGCCAGCUGUCGUGGACCCCGCGGACCUUCCUCUACUUGCUCCUCGGCGCCGAAUGCGGCCAUACAUCGUUUCUGCGCCGAUACCCGAUGAACCCGCCAGGAAAGCCAGGCACGAUGACGAGGGCCUUCAUUGGGGAACACUACCGACAGACACAGUAUCAGGCCAAUCAUUUGUGACGGCGAUAGGGGGAGCGGCUGCUGGUGAUCAGUCAGGUCUGGAAAUAGCCACGGGAGCAGCAGCAGAAAACAGAGUGCAGGCGAGAGGUGCUGGGAGCAAAACGGGGCUUGCCGGUUGGUCGCUCUUUUGGGGCGGGCUUGCGAGAAUAGACAUCCUACAGGCUCCGCCAUCGGCUAAACUCGCCUUCUACGGCGCAACAGCCGUUCGGGUCCACUUUGUGCAAACAAGUGAAGCAGACGACUUCUAUGAGCGGGAAUUGGGUCAUAAACUGUCUCCACCAUCGACCAGACAUGCAGGCGGAGGAUGGAAAGGCCUGCAGAAGACACCUGUGCUCCAAUUCACUGCACAGGCCGGGCCAAGGCCUGCGGGUGAAGUGGCUAUAUCAGGCUUAGGAUGGUUCUCGAUCAGCGGCGUCGAGGAGGAGAGCCAUGUGGGCUCCCCCAAUGAAGGUGUGAGUUCGGAAUCACAGCGAGCCAGAGCAGGCGAUAGUACGACGACGAAGUCGGGGACGAACCUGACGAUGAAAACGGAAGGAAACUUGAGAAAGGGUCGGGAGAGGAACGACAAUGGGGUGGAUUUUUCGCUCGAAGUCCAUGUUCCAAAAGGGGUGGAAGUCUUUCCACGGUCUGCUCUCCCAGUCGGCGAGUCGGCCAAAGACUGGUACGAAUGGCUCGAUCUGACAAGCUAUGAAGCAAGCGAAGAUCAGGCAAAGCAGCUUCCACAAUUGUUCUAUACAGAUCAACAAAGGAUAUAAUAUUAUAAUAAUUGGAUUUUUUUUAUUUUUCUUGAAUUGGAAUGUUGGAAAAUG